GUAGUGCUGCAGUGCAGUGUGUAUCUGGAAGUUGUCGCCAUCAUCUUUAGCUAAAUGUUAAUCUAGCUGUCAAAUCAAUUCGUCGUAUCUCUCGACGAUAUAAAGUUGUUUACUUUCUCUUUGUUCUUGUUUUGAAUCUCGACGAAAUGUUGUGAUGUAAAUACGCAGUCGACGUGUUUGCGAGCGCUGCUGCUCACACGUUAGCAGCGGCUAAUUUUCAAAAGCAGUGAGGGGCGGUGGGCUGCUAGCUAGUUAGCUAGCUAGUUAGGGUAGCUCAAACAUCGACAGACACGCUUAAGGUGGAAUAAAAGUCACGACCGGGUGGUUUGUUAUGUGUUCGCCGCCUUGUUCGCUGCUUUCCUGCAGGUUUAAUUUGGGAACGUAACGCAGCAGCUGCUGAGGAGCUCACGGCGAACCAAGUGAACCAAGAGUUGAGCUAAACUAAGCUAACUCGCGUUCUUGUGGAGCUGGCAUCGUCACAUUUCCCGACUUUAACACUGGGCUGCUGGACCUGACAACUAGCAAGAUGUCUGAAGGAGAGAACAAGCAGGGUCCGGACACUGUCCAGGAAGUGAAGCCGGAGCCAGUGGCUGUUGCACCCGCGGGUCAAGGAGUGGCAUCAGUUUCUCCCCCAGUGUCCAUAGUGACCCAGACUGCCCCUACUGCUGCCACAGAGGAUGAGGAAGAGGAGAGCGAGGAUGAGUCUGAAAUUUUGGAGGAAAGCCCGUGUGGACGCUGGCAGAAACGCAGAGAAGAGGUGAAUCAGCGCAAUGUUCCUGGAAUCGAUAAUGCAUACUUGGCUAUGGACACUGAAGAAGGUGUUGAGGUGGUCUGGAAUGAGGUCAUGUUCUCAGAAAGGAAGAAUUUUAAACUGCAAGAGGAAAAAGUCAAAGCUGUCUUUGACAAUUUGAUCCAGCUUGAGCAUUUGAACAUCGUGAAGUUCCACAAAUACUGGGCUGAUGUCAAAGAGAACAGAGCAAGGGUCAUUUUCAUCACUGAAUACAUGUCCUCAGGGAGCCUCAAACAGUUUCUGAAAAAGACUAAGAAAAACCACAAGACCAUGAAUGAAAAGGCUUGGAAGCGCUGGUGCACACAGAUUCUGUCUGCACUCAGUUACCUGCACUCCUGCGAACCUCCCAUCAUCCACGGCAACCUAACGUGUGAUACCAUCUUCAUCCAGCACAACGGCCUCAUUAAGAUCGGCUCAGUUGCUCCAGAUACAAUUAACAACCACGUGAAAACAUGUCGGGAGGAGCAGAAGAGCCUUCAUUUCUUUGCUCCGGAAUAUGGAGCUGUCGCAAAUGUUACCACAGCCGUGGAUAUCUAUUCCUUUGGAAUGUGCGCCUUAGAGAUGGCUGUGUUGGAAAUCCAGAGUAAUGGAGAUUCGUGUUAUGUGUCCCAAGAAGCCAUAAACAGUGCCAUUCACUCCUUAGAGGACCCGCUGCAACGGGAGUUUAUCCAGAAGUGUCUGGAGGUCGAUCCCAGUAAACGACCCACAGCUAAGGAGCUGUUGUUCCACCAGGCCUUGUUUGAGGUGCCGUUACUCAAGCUGCUGGCUGCUCACUGCAUCGUCAGCCACCAGCAUAUGAUUCCUGAAAAUGCUUUAGAGGAGAUGACGAAAAACAUGGACCCUAACCUGAUUAUUGUUGAGGCCAAGGAGGGCGUUCAAAUGAAGCUCUCCCAGUUUCCUGCCCUUGAACUUGACAAGUUUCUAGAAGAUGUCAGAAAUGGGAUCUACCCUCUGACUGCAUUUGGAAUACCCUGUCCACAACAACCUCAGCAGGAAGCAGUGAAGUCACCCAUAGUGCCUCCCUCAGUUAAAACCCCAACCCCCGAACCUGCAGAGCUCGAGACGCGGAAGGUCCUUCAGAUGCAGUGCAACAUCGAGCCUGUUGAUGAGGGCACCAAACACCAUCUGACCUUGCUGUUGAAACUCGAGGAUAAGCUCAACAGGCACUUGAGCUGUGAUUUGUUACCAAAUGAGAACGUGCAGGAGCUGGCCGUGGAGCUCGUCCAGCUGGGAUUCAUCAGUGAGGGCGAUCAGCUGCGAAUUGCAUCAGUUCUUGAAGAGGCCUUUACAAAAUUCUACAGCCGCAACGGUUCUCUCAAUCCAGUCACGGUUUCCUCCUAGCGGCUGGUCGCCAGAUCUUCUGCCCGUCCCUGUUGUCCUCCACAGCCGGACUAGCUGUCUUCUGCAGCAGAGCUUUGUGAGGACAGAGGACGAAGCCUUUGGUCUGACUGCAGAUCCUGCAGCGUGUUUUUGUCUCUUCUUUUGGGGAAAAGCUGCCACUAAGUGGCUGGCACUUAUUUUUUUUUUUUUCCUUCUGUUUUCCUCCCACCCAACACAGCCAUCUGCUUCUCUUCUAAAAGAGGAAAUCCUCAGUGCAACUUAAAGGAAAAUACACGUUUUCAGUUUUUGGCUCAUUUGUUUCAGUCCGUACGUAAAAGAAGUAGCACAGGUGAACAAAGGAUAACUGUAGUAUUUUUCCUUAAGUCAGUAUUAAAUCUGUAUUUUAAACAUUUUCACUUCAAACUGUUUAAUAGUCGUCUGUAUAAAAACAAGGUCAUUGUCCUGGCGAGCUGCAGUGUACGUGUUGCGGUGUUCUACGGUUGCGUCUGGUUGUCUUUGGUCUUUUGCUUGAACAGCACCUGAGGUAUCUCCCAAACGCUUGAUGCAACAGGUGAUGCUUUCACGCACAAAGUGAUGUAAUUAUACAUGGUAGUCCUGAUACACACACAGCUGUGACACCAUCAGAAGAGGAACGGCUCCCCGCCAAAAGUGUGUUAUUUAUUUGUGUCUCUUUGAGUGUACUAUAUUUCACACCCUGUUUGAAUGUACGCAUUUACAUGCUUCAGUUCCUUCAAUCAUCCUGUGGUGUUCUAUGAAAAGGGUGAACUCACCUGAAUGUGAUCCAACUGCAGCUUGUACGAAACGUAUGACCCGUGUUCAUCAUCCACAGGAGGCGAAUUACUCAGGAGAGGUUGCUCACAUCUAUUUGAAGAUGCGUUGACCUCUGAAUAUAGGAGCUUUUUUUUGUGACAGUGGUUUAUGUAUUUUGAUGCCCAGUUGGAAACUACUCGUAUUGGGCACCAUGAUCUUGUGGAUUUGGUUUAGUUAACGUUUGAACUGUGAUGGAGGUAGUUUUAGUUAUGAAGAGUGGAAAGUGUUUUAAGUUUUAUCAUCCAAAGCCUGUCUCUCCUUCUGUGGCCCUAAGUCAGUAGUUUUGUUGAUGGUUAAACUAUUUGGCUCCAGGCAUUGUAGCUAAUCAGGCCUGUGUUAACUCUUUGGGGAUCUCUGCUAGUUUGCACUACUGUACACUUUUGUAUAACGUCUGUUGGAAACGUACUGCGCCCUCUGGCUCACUCAGACCAACAGCAGAAAUGUGGAGGGCUUCUUAGAAGCACUUUGGGAAAUGUAGCGAGCCAGUUUCACGCCGAUCGUCUUGUAGGGUCUAUAGAGGCUAUAAGACAAGGGUGAGACUGCCUAGCAUGCUUGGAACCAUCUUGUACACUGUUCGCUGGACACUGAGCUCUGUUACAGCACAUUUACUCCCUUUUUCACUUCCUCAAAUAAAAAGAUUACACUCA